AUGCAAAAAAGACAAAAAAUUGAUGAAACUCUUAACAAAUCUGACUACUUGAGCAUUUCAAUGUCCCAAAUGCCAGAACCACUUUCUACUACUCGUCAAACUAACUUUUUUCCUUCCGCUGAGCGGCUUAGUUCCUCUGAUAACCAGUCUUUUGCCCACCAUAUACAAACCCUUUACCAACUAGAAGCUCCUAACGCAAAUAUUUACCUCGCUUUAUCUUCUCAACUUCCCGUCUCAAAUCUCAUAGAAACUUUUCACGCUUCUUCUAAACAAAUUGACCUUUGGCUUGAAUAUGCUAAUAUUGCUAUUUUCGCUUUGGAGUUGGAUGUUCGGGAAGGAACAAACGUCAAGAGUGUCGGUGAAAUGGACGUUCUAAUUCAUAAAUUCGCUCCAAAUAUUGAUUUAUUACAGGAGUUGUCUCAAUCAAUCUUUAAUAACUUAAAAGUCCCUAAUGACGAAGAAAAAAGAAAAGUUAUUCAGGACUCUCUGGAUAGUAUAAAUGCUGACUGGGUGGAUACAAAAGCCUUCUUUGGAAGCGUAAAAAAAGAAAUGUCCGAAUCAAAACAACGUCGUGAACUUUUAGAUACUAUGGAUCUAAUUUUAGCUUCAAUAGAAGAAUUAAAUACAAGUAUUUUCGAAUAUCAAGAACAAAGACUUAGUGGUGAGAAUGGAAAUGACUUGUUUCAUUUUCCAAAAUUAAGUUCUAGUCCUACAAAUAAAUCUUCUAAUUUCAUUAGUAAUAGUUCUCACAAUGAGUUUAGUUCGAGAUCUGAUGUUGCUUUAAUGCAAUUGGAUUCUCGUUUAGAACCUUUAUCUGCUAGAAUUGAAUAUUUAAGAUCUCGUUUAUCUGCUCCAAAUGCUCCUUCUGAUCCUAAUGGUGCUUUAGCAAAAAAAAAUAUUAUUUUAUCAAAUAAAUGGGAUGCUUUAAAACAUGAAAUGGAAUCUCUAAGAGAAGAAUUAAAAGAGGAUAGAUGGUUAGGUGUUUUUAAACAAGUAACCGGUAACGCUGGUCAAAUGAUGGAUUCUCUUGAAAGAGCUGUUAGACAAUCUAUAACUUAUAAAAAUUAUCAAAGAUUAUAUAAAACAUUUGAUGCUAAAAGAAAAUAUUAUGUUCCAACUGUAACUAAAAUGCUUACAAUGUUGGCAAAUGGAAUUAAUCAACAAAUGACAAAAGAUCGUGAUGCAAUUAAAAAAUAUAAAUCUAUGAAAGAUCGUUGGGAUACAAUUCUUGAUGGUGUCGCUGAAAUACAACACGAUAUGCCAGGAAUAGAAGCUUAUCUAGAUCAUUCUGUUGUAUCUAGUAAUUCUCCUCCUUCUUCAAUACCCUCAUCUAUAGCUUCAUCUCCACCAAUGUCCCCUAAAAUAAAACCUAGAGGGAUGUUUUCUCCUGAAUCUGGUUCUCCUCCCACAAGGAGUCAAAGAUCUUUAUCUCCUCAUAGAAUCGAUUAUCUCGAUUCUCCAUUAAAUAAUAUUAGAUCUCCUUCUUUACGUUCAAAAUCUCCUUCACCUAGAGCUACAAGUCCUUUAGGUGGUAGUCGUAAUUAUUUGACUUCUGUAAGUGGUCGUUCUGUUAGUCCUACUCCUCCUUCAGAAAGACCUCCAUGGAAUCAAUAUUACAAUCAAACAUAUAAUUACAAUAGUUAUAAUAAUGGUCUUCAUACUAUGUCACCUCUACAAGGAAAUGGUCGUUCUUCAAGUCGUUCAAGUUCUCCUGUAAGAUCUCCUUUAACUCGUGCACUUUCUCCUGAAAGAAUAAAUCCUUCAAAUAUACCACGUCCUGUUACCAGUAUGGGGAUUACUAAUAGAGCUCCAUCUCGUGUUGGUAUGAGAUCAUUUUUACCUCAACCUAGCACUCCACAACCAGGAAUGAUGGCAUCAAAAUCCCGUUUGGGAAUGAUUUCUCCUCCUCCAAUGCGACGCCAUCAUCAACAAAUAAGAACUCCAACACCAUCAUCCGUUACAAGCAGUUUAUCUCGACCAAUUACUCCUGAAAAUGAUGAUCGUCCAAUGACUCCAUUAACUGAACGAUUAUCAAGUAUGUCCGUAGUUAAUGAUCGUAAUUCACAUUAUAUACCACUUAAAAAUGAUCCACUUGACAUUGAAGUGGCGAAAAUUGUAAAUUCUUUGCCACUUAAUGUAAAAGUGGAACGUGCUCCUGGCGGUGGUGGCAAGUAUUACUUUGGCCGUGAAAAAAAAGUAUUUAGUUGUAAAUUAGUUAAUUACGCUUCAAGUAAUCGAAACAAGGUUAUUGUUCGAGUGGGUGGUGGUUCCCAAGAUUUGGAUAUGUUUUUAUUAGAACAUAGUCUUACUAGCGUGAGAGAAGUAAGAUAUUAA